AUGAAGCCUCUCACACUUCGUGCCCCGCUGCUGCCGCGAUGGCAGAGGCAACUGGAAAGUACAAGUCACCGGUCGACGAGAGCGUGGAGGUCUAGUCCUCUACGGCACCGGUAUGAUGUGCAGAAGCGCAGGCUUGCCACUUCCACCGACGUGGUCCAGGAUGCAAACAGAGACCCCAAUGACAAGCGUGAAAAGGUCGUCAUCUUGGGCAGUGGUUGGGCGGGAUAUGUCCUCGCUCGGCAGCUGGACAAGAGGAAAUAUCGCGUCGUCGUCGUCUCUCCUCGCACCUACUUCGUCUUCACCCCUCUCCUCAACGACACCACUGUUGGCACCCUCGAAUUCCGCCACGUCCUCGAGUCGAUACGAAAGCCGAAGAGUGGCGUGGAAUUCAUACAAGGAUGGGCCGAUGACGUUAACUUUGCGGAUAAGAUAGUGACCAUCGAGCCUUCGGUGCUGGAUCCGGACGUUGGGCAUGCCUUGACGGGACCAAGGAAGCAGAAUGAACAGCAGACAAACAACGGUUUGGCCAUCGAUCCCAAAUUUCCUCAUGGGCCGUGGGAAAAGAAGGUGCAGAUGGGUGGUACGGGGUCAAAUCAAGUGCCAACGUUUCCCAUCCAUUACGACAAGUUAGUGAUCGCCGUGGGAACCUACAGUCAGACUUUCGGUACCAAGGGGGUGAGGGAGAACGCGUGGUUCUUGAAAGAUGUUCGUGAUGCUGUUUCCAUCCGUCGACGAAUCCUCGAGCUGUUCGAGCUUGCCCUGCUCCCCAUCAUGCCGGAAGAGACAAAGAAGUAUCUCCUCCACUUCGCAAUCGUGGGCGGUGGUCCCACAGGCAUGGAGUUUGCAGCUUGCCUCUCAGAUCUGAUCCGGGAAGACAUGUCCAAACUCCAUCCGCACCUGAUGAAGUACGUCCGGAUCAGCCUCUAUGAUGUUGCGCCCAAGGUGCUCCCCAUGUUCGACGCCUCGCUCUCUGAUUACGCGGUCAAACAGUACCAACGGCAGAAUAUCGAGAUCAAAACCUCGCACCAGGUCGAAGAACUCAGGAAGGGUUUACCCAACGACGAAAAUGCUCGCAACGACCAAGAUAGCCAAGUCAAAGGACGGGUGUACACCAUCCGCACGAAACAAGAAGGCGAUGUCGGCAUCGGGAUGUGCGUCUGGUCGACAGGGAACAUGAACAAUCCCUUCGUGGCAAAGGCCCUCGAUCAUGUCCGAAGGUACCCGACAGGCUCGGCGCAGAAUAUCCAGGGAGAAGUCGCAGACCCGAUGCAGAGGCAGUGGAUUAUCCAUCGAGAUGCUAGGAGCGGAGUUCUACUUGUGGACGACCACUUUCGAGUCAAUCUGACCACUGAGUGCGCAGCGGGUAUGGACGAACACGACAAGCCAAAGGCCUAUAUGAAUGACGUGUUUGCAUUGGGCGACAGCUCGAAACUGAUGUCCGGUGCUCUGCCGGCCACUGCACAGGUUGCAAACCAAGAAGCAAUCUGGCUUGGUAAGACUCUAAAUAAACAUCCCGAAGCUGACGGUUUUGCUCGCGCUCCUGGCUUUAGCUUCAAAGAUAUGGGUGUCUUGACCUACCUCGGUGGAUCCAGUGCGAUUUUCCAGGGCUCUGGGAAUGGGAAGGAUGGCGCGUCCCCUAAGGGUCUCAAAGGCCUGUCUGCGUACCUGGUCUGGAGAGGCGCAUAUCUGACUAUGACGCUCAGUUGGCGGAAUCGGCUGAACGUUGCGUGGCAAUGGCUGACUGUCAAGAUCUUUGGUAGAGAUGUUAGUCGCUUCUAA